AUGCAUUGCGUGAAAUUAGAAGCCGCUGCCAAGGCCGAGGCAGAACAGCGCAAGUUCUCGGGCCAGGACAAGGCGGCGGAACAAAGUAGGCUGUUGGAGGGCGACAGCGAGUCCUCCAGCUUCAUGGGCUCCGCCGAGAAGGAGGAGGUGUCCGUGGCCUUGGCUGUCACAGCCUCCGAGGCGUCGUCCAGCCUGCCGCCGAGUCCAGCAGCGAGUAGCGUUUCGUCUCCUGCAAGGGCGCUGCUGGGUCCCGGUCCUGCUCGAACUGCGCCGACGGUGCGGCGGAUUUCCACUGCACCAGCUGACCCAGAGAUCCUCGCGCGGCGGCCUUCUCGGGGACGCUCACCUGCUGCGGAAGAGGAUAAGGACAAAAAUGCAGCAGGUGCCGCCGAGAAGCGCGUCUGGAAGCGCGUGCGCGAGUUCUGGACGCAGACGGAACUGGAGGUCGAAGAGCGCGGGGCGCAGACAGAAGCUUUGCAAAGGCAACACAAGAAGCAGGCCGGAUUCGCUGGUUUCUUCGGCGCGAAGAAGGACAAGGGCGAAGCUAAACGCGGCGGGACCAUGAACGACCUGGAGGGAAUGAAGGCACGGGCCCGAAAAGCGCUGAUGAAGCCGCAGUAUGACGUGGCAAACUACUACAAGACGGAGGGCGUCUUCCAGGCGAUUGCGAGGUCGGGCAUGUUCGACCAACUGACAGUGCUGGUCGUGUCUCUGAACGCCAUCUGGAUUGCGAUCGACACCGACAACAACGACGCAGUACUGGUCAGCGAUGCAGAUCCUGUCUUUCAGGUCGUGGAGAAUGUGUUCUGCACCUACUUCUUUGGGGAAAUUGCGAUCCGCUUCUUCGCCUUUGAGGGGAAGAAGCACGCCUUCAUGGACAAGUGGUUUCUCUUUGACUUCCUCCUGGUACUGAAUAUGGUGAUUGAAACCUGGAUAUUGCCUCUGGUGCUCUCUCUCCUAAGUGGAGAUGGAGCUGCAAACACCAUCGACGUGUCGAUGCUGCGAAUGCUGCGGCUGGUGAAGCUCACUCGGCUGUCGCGCAUGGCACGCGUCCUGCGUUCCGUCCCUGAAUUGGCGAUCAUCGUGAAAGCCAUUGGCCUGUCUGCGCGCUCCGUCAGCGUAUUCUUCCUCCUUUGGCUUGUCCUGAUCUAUGUCUUUGCCGUCGUGUUCAGGCAGCUGACGGACGGAAAUGACUUGGGUGCUGCUUACUUCAGUUCUGUGCCGAAUGCGAUGGACACACUGCUCAUGGAUGGCAUAUUGGCAGACUAUGCUCCCAUCCUGCAUGUGGUGGGCUCGCAGGGAGGUCCGUUGGAGUGGUGCAUAAUGCUGUUCUUCGUGCUGCUCGCGGCCGUCACGAUUAUGUACAUGCUGGUGGGGGUGCUCGUAGAAGUGGUGGGCGCGCUUGCGCACGCAGAGAAGGAAAGCAUCACCGUGGGCUAUGUGGCUUCCACUCUCCGUGACAAGAUGCAAAGCCAUGGACACGAUGUCGAGUCGCCUCUCAGCAAAGCGGAGCUCCAGGACCUUUUACUGGAUCCUGAGAUCCUGGAGGUGCUGUCGUCCGUGCAGGUCGAUGUGGUGGCUCUCAUGGAGUUGGUGAACAUCGCCUACGAGGAUGCAGAGAGGAGCGGUGCUUCGAUGAAUUUCGAGAAGAUCGUGGGGCUUGUACUCAACGGCCGGGGGCAGAACACCGCGUGCGUAAAGGAUACCUCGGAGCUCUUGAGGAUUUUGAAGCAAAUCAUCAUCCAGAAGACAGGAGAGACGACAGAGAAGCUUCAGGACGAGAUCGGUAUAGUCCAUCGAAGCCUGCAAAGCAUGCGAGAGGAGCAAUUUGAGAAUCAGGGGGGAUGGCAAAGCCCACGUGCGGGCAGCCAGGGCUUUGACGAUGACGCUGCAGCGUCCAGCCGGUCGCCAAGCCCCACGAACAAGAAGCUGCGGACAGGUCGCACCUCGCAGCAGCUGGAGAAGGAGCAGGAAGGAACCUCAUCACGUGGGCGUUCGAGUCAAGAUCAGUGA